AUGACGGUCACAUUCCCUUUCUCUCGGCCGCUGGCCAAACACCUGCUGGCCAGGUCUGCUCGAUCUCUCACGCGACCUGUAUCGGCCAACCAUCUUCUGCGCGUAACCUCCAACUGCAGUCCAAUUGAUGGCCCAUCGAGCUCUCAAUCCAAGGUUGGGAAGUUCGCAUCACUCUCAAAACAAGCUAGAACAUACGCGACGACGUCUGCAAAGCCUGCGAGCCGCCCAAAACAACAUACAGGCCGCACUCCUGCGAAGCGCACCACGUCGACCACAAAAAAGGCCGCUCCAGCAAAGAAACGACCUGCGAGGAAAACCAAAAAGACAACAACCAAGGAGGCAAAACCAAAAGCUAAGAAGCCACUCAGCAAAAGCGCUCUCCUCAAGAAAGCUCGUAAAGAACACACAGACCUCAGAGCUGCGGCUCUGUUCGAAGAGCCCAAACACCUUCCUUCAACAGCAUACCGCCUUGUAUUUGCAGAAGAGACCAAAAAAGGUGGAGGACAGGCUAAAGCUGCUGCUAGAGCCGCAGCUGAGAAGUUCAAGAACCUUACAUUAGAAGAGCGUGAGCGUUACAACCAUGAAGCCAAUGAGAACAAAGCCAAAAAUGACCAGGCUUAUAAAACAUGGGUCCAAAGUCAUUCGCCGCUGGAGAUUAAAUUGGCAAACAACGCUCGACGCCAAUUGACCAAAAAGGCAAGAGCAGCUGGAAAGAAGAAGCAGUACAAACCAAUCCAAGACGACCGGACUGUCCAUCGCCCGAGGAACGCCUACGCAUACUUCUUCAAAGAGAGGAACGACUCAGGCGAUCUUACAAGCAUGACCGUUGGUGAACGUGGCAAAUUGAUAGGGCAAGAGUGGAAGAGUUUGUCGACAUCGGAAAGAAAGAUCUACGAAGAUAAAGCCCAAGCUGACAAGGAUCGAUACUUGGAGGAAUAUAAGACGGUCUACGGCGACGAUCCUCCUUUUACCAAGAAGAAGAGUGGUUAG